AUGAAUCGCCGCUACAAUAUUUCCCUUCAAUUCGUCCCUGUGUUGGUAAUCAAUAGCAAGACUUCGAUGCUUACUACGGAUAUCCUACUGGAAGUUGAACUGAAUCGUGCCGCUGGACCGAAUAUAACUACAGUAAUCGAAUCGGCUCAUCUUUCCACAGAACCACUUCACUCUCCAAAUUCUGAAGCUCGAGUUGCAGUGCCGUUGAGCAAAUUUCCAAUGGAAAGUGAUCUACUUUCGGUUUUGAACUUGAUCUGGAAGUUAUCACUGAAAGGAUCUCUAGUGAAACAUCGUUUACAUCUGGAUUACACUGUUAAGAACCAGGAACCGCAGCUUAAAUACACGUUUGAUGAUAUCGUUGAGUUGACUGUUCCAGAUGUACAAUUCGAAAUAUGCACACAAGUUUUAUCUCAACAACCGGGUGCCCAACUAUGUCGAGCCACGUCGCCAUGUCAUUUUGUGAUUUCGAUUCGAUUUUUGAAAGAGUCAUCGUGCAGUUUGUUGGUAGUGUUGGAUGCUGAUGAUCGGAUGUGGACACUGGUUGAAAGGACUAAAAUGGUCACCGUGAAAGACAGUGGUCUGGGUCAACUUGCUCUCACCAUUAUCCCAGUUGUUGCCGGAUAUCUACCUUUCCCAAAUGUGUCAAUUUAUGAAUGUCAGCUGGCGUCCGACAACAUUAUUCCUGGCAACGACAUACUUUUUUUCAAUCGGACCGCCGGAAAACAAAUUCGAGUUUUAUCACCGAAUAACUCUGAAAAUAAUAACUUUGGAAAAGAAGAUUCGGCCAGAGGAUCCAAUCGAAUUAAGAAGACAAUCGAGAAACUUUUUGAUUAA